GAAUAUUAUACAUUGAAGAGCUAGAUUAUUGCUACGUAAAAUUGACACUUGGAUUGUAAGAGAAAAGAAGGCUGAGUCGUGACCCAACUGUUAAUUUUCUUUUAUCGAACUUUAUUAUAAAUUUAGCACUUAUAAAAAUAGAAUGACACUGAACCGAAGAAAGGGGGUACACAAGAACAGGAACUAGAAAAAGAACGGCCGGAGCUGGCUGAAGUCUCGGCUUAUAUGCGUUUUGGUUUGAGGAUGUUGAGGAGCUCGGAGUAGGUUAUGACGUGGAAAAGUAUCCGAAGGUCGGGGGAUCGAUGUCUUAUGUACGAUGUAAACUAAGUUGUGUCGUAGCUUCUGUGUAGGCUGUGAUGAUAAGGUGGUGAUGUAUCCAAAGGAGUUCGAAGCUCGGGGAUCGAUGUUUUAUCUCUGAUGUAGGUUGAGAUGCGAUUGAUGUCACAUUAUCAUGGUCAUGUGAUUGGAAUAAAAGGACCUGAAUUUCGUGAUAUUCUUAUCCAGUUAGAUAAUAUAACUAAGUAUCUUCACAGUAACAUAGAAUACCAUGGUUUAUACGUUCUUAACAUUGAUCGUUUGACUGAUUAUGGAAUGUAACAUCGUAAAAUGUUUGCUCGAUUCUGGGAAUGUGGCAACGAUGGGAAUUCCAAUCGUAGGAAAAUACGGAGCAUCCGUGGCAAGGAUAUGGUAAAGAAGAGGUUGAUUCCUGAAGAAAGAAUAACGAUGUGUCAAUCUCCCUCUCGAGUGCGUAAAUAUUAUAUACAGAGAGGUACCACAUACUAUGAACGUAUGAUAACGCGAGUGUGAAGUAUCUCUGUUGGAGCAUUGCAAAAUAUUCGUAAAAGUGAGCAUCGUUGAGUGGCAUUUCUCAGUUAGCCAUCAAGCGUACAAGUAGAAGGUUCUAAAGAUUUACGUGAUUGAUUUCUGAUAAUUCGGUGCGUACAAAUCAAUGACUUUUAGGAUGAAUUAAAGUUGCACAUGCAAACACGAGCAAACAGUUUUCACCGUAAAGGUAACUUUUAUGUAAUUUACGCGCAAAAAGUACUUAUUUCUGUUACCACGCUAUUGCUGUUUUGUAAAUUUUAGUAGCACAACUAUCGGUUAUGUGCAAUAAAACAUGCAAUAUAAUAGAUAAUUGUAAGUGAAACGACAAGGUGAUGGUAUAAAUAGGUACUUCGACGAAAGUUGGUACAAGUGUAACUACGCUUCUCAGGAGUGGUGAGGAUAAUGACAGGCUUCGAUAUAUUGUUCGCAUGUUUCGUGUUAAUUAGAUUGCUGGAUCCAUUAGUUCAUACAGUGUCUGCUCAAGAAUGUAUCACACCGGACAAUCAGGAAGGCACGUGCCUCCACUUCAGAAGAUGUCAGCCUCUGCAAGAAAUACAACAGACACAGGACCAUGCAGCCGCCGACUUUUUUAGACAAUCACUGUGCCCAUCCAAUGACAAUGAUCAGAUCUAUUGUUGUCCGAACAAUCCAAACAAACAGAAGAGAGGACUUUUGAUUUCUAUUGAAACUAAGUAUAAGUAUAGGGCAUUGCGACCACCAUACUGUGGUUUUAGUAACGCUACGCAUACCAGAGUGGUUGGUGGUAAACCAGCGAAGCUUGGUGCCUGGCCAUGGAUCGCUGCAGUAGGUUUCCGUAACUGCUCAAACCCACAUUGGGUAACACAAUGGCUGUGCGGAGGUACCCUAAUAUCGACUAGGCAUGUUUUGACCGCAGCACAUUGUGCAGAUGACGAUGAUUUGUACGUGGUUCGUAUCGGGGACUUAAAUCUAAAACGAGAUGACGACGGAGCGCAUCCUAUUCAAAUAGAAGUCGACUCUAAACUAAUACAUCCCGAUUAUUCUUCCGAGUCGAACAAUAAUGAUAUUGCUAUUCUUAAACUGAAGGAAGAUGUUCCAUUUUCGGAGUACAUAUAUCCCAUUUGUCUCCCCAUAGAGAAAUCCCUUCGAAAUAAAAACUUCGUGGGCUAUAAUCCCUUCAUUGCUGGAUGGGGAGCAUUAAGAUUUGAUGAACCAUAUACUAACGCAUUAAUGGAACUACAACUGCCAGUGGUUACCAACGCCGUAUGCGAGAAAGCUUAUGAGGAGUUUGACGUAACUAUUACCAAUAAAGAAAUAUGCGCCGGCGGAGACCCUCGGGGUGGAAAGGAUGCUUGUGGAGCUGACAGCGGAGGACCACUGAUGAUACCACAGCAAUUCACCUACUAUCAAAUAGGUGUUGUGUCAUCUGGUCAUAACUGCGGCGUACCUGAUUAUCCGGGCAUUUACUCUAGAGUCACGUCGUACCUCGACGACUUCAUUAUCCCAGUGUUGCAAAAUUAUUAUGUUAAUCAAAAGGCUGAUGCAAGAAGAAGAAGUGGCGCAAUGACACAUCAAGGUCACAACCAGGUACUUAGAGGAAAGUUGGAACAAUUGUAUCAUAUCUUUCCAAGAGUGGUGAGGACAAUGACGGACUGGAAAAUGCUGUUUGCAUGUUUGGUAUUAAUUACUCUCCUGCAUCCAUUAGUUCACAUGGUGUCUGCCGAAGAAUGUACAACACCGAACAAUCAAACAGACAACUGCCUCAACAUGAAAUCAUGUAAGCCUCUGCAAGAAAUACCGCAGACACAAGACCAUACAGCUACCAAUUUUUUGAGGCAAUCACUAUGCAGAUAUGAGGGCCAUGAUCCGAUAGUUUGCUGCCCAAACGAUCCAAACAAAGAGAAGAGAGGGAUUUUAAUAGAAACUGUGUAUAAGUAUGUGCCCUUGCGUCCACCAUAUUGUGGUUUUAGCAACGCCGCGCAUACCAGGGUGGUUGAUGAUAAACCAGCUAAGCUUGGAGCUUGGCCAUGGAUGGUUGCAUUAGGUUUUCGCAACUACACAAACCCAGAGGCGGGUCCGGAAUGGCAUUGCGGUGGUUCCCUGAUAUCGACUAGGCAUGUUUUGACCGCAGCACAUUGUGCAAUUCGCAGUGAUUUGUACGUGGUUCGUAUCGCGGAUUUAAAUCUAAAACGAGAUGACGAUGGAGCGCAUCCUAUUCAAAUGGGAUUCGAAUCUAAACUAAUUCAUCCUAAUUAUAUUUCCGGACAACACUCCCACGAUAUCGCUAUUCUUAAAUUGGAGAGAGAUGUACCAUUUUCGGACUACAUACGUCCCAUUUGUCUUCCCAUAGAGGAGUCCCUUCGAAAUAACAACUUCGUGGGCUAUAAUGCCUUUGUUGUUGGAUGGGGAAGAUUAGAAUUUGACGGACCAUAUAGUGAUGUAUUAAUGGAAGUACAAGUGCCAGUACUUAGCACAGCCGAAUGCCAACAGGUUUAUGCCGGCGUUUCUGAUAAAGUAAUAUGCGCCGGAUACGCUGAGGGUGGAAAGGAUGCUUGUACGGGUGACAGCGGAGUACCACUGAUGAUACCACAAAUCUUCACCUUUUAUGAAAUAGGUGUUGUGUCUUAUGGUUAUUUCUGCGGUUUACCUGGAUAUCCUGGCGUUUACACUAGGGUCACGUCCUAUCUCGACAGCUUUAUUCUCCCAGCGUUGAAAUAAUACAAUUAUUAAGGUUUAUAUCAUUUUCCGCGUACAAAAAAGAAAAAGUUGGACUAUACUACUGUAGCUAGUUGGACUACACUACUAUAGCUGUAGAGGUAGCUCAAAUUUACAUUGUCUUUUAUAUCACGAAUUAUAGUGUUAGAAUGCGCAAAAUAUAACUUUUAAAUGACAUUAAUUUUUCAUGCUUCUCUUUGUUUGAUGGUAAUAAU